AUGCAAGAUGGCAGCGGCUAUCUCUCCAACCGACAACUGUGGGAUUUCGACGGCAUCCGCCCCAAAGUCCACGUUCGCUCAAACCACGGCAGUGCAGGCAGCCUGGAUGAGUGCGAUCGCCAGCGUCUGCUCUCCGACUUCGCCACCCGCGCCAUCGCCGCUCAUAAACAGUGCCUCGCCAACGGCAACCGUCUCAACAACCUUCCCAAGUCCGAGUCCAACAUCACCUGUCUCUCCGACGAGAACCCGUUGACCAUCAAGAACCCGAUAUACCACGAAGACGGGACCCUCAGUAGUCCUGAAAUGUGCGGGAAAAACCAGAGGGGGGAGGACAUGCUUGGGGAUUUUUCUCCAACGAGGAAUGGUCUGAGAGAUGCGUGGUUGAGGCUGAGUUCAGGCGGAGAUGUUGGAAAUGGAGGCUACGGUGAUAAUGGGUGGGGGUCCGGAGGCGCUCACAGCUGGACCCUCCCGAGUAGAUUCCACCGAAAAGACAUGUACGAUGCUCUGAGGCGUCAAGUGGUCAUGGAUCCUGUGCAGUGGGAGCUGGAGCUACUCAAGGCAGAGAGCAAAGAGGCCGGAUUGGAUUCUGGAUUUGAGCACGGAUUAGAUUCUGGAUUUGAGCACGGAUUGGAUUCUGGAUUUGAGCACGGAUUGGACUCUGAUAUAUUAGGCAGCGAAAGUCUAGAACCAAAACUGACGGUGAGAGAGCAGGCGCGGCAGUUCGAGCAACAGGCUAAGCAAAAACGGCGGCAAACGCGAGAUUCGAGAGGGUCGUUGUCGCCAGAUUUUUUGCUUUCAGAUCUUCCGGAUUCUCCGCAGCAUCAUAAAUUUGCCACGCCAACUCACAGUCUCGGUCCACCUAGCAUCAUCGUAACCCUUAGCGACCCAGGAUCACCUCCACCCAGCCAUAAACCAACUCCGCCGGUGCUGAGACGAUAUGGGGCAAUUCUCUCUCCAGGUUUUGAGGAACGUUUGAAACUUCAGCUAGAGGUCAUCCCCGAUCCUCCCACUACUCCUCCACCCCCACCUCCCACGUCGCCUCCACCACCUCCUCCGCCUAAAACUGCACCACCUCCUCCGCCCAAUACUGCGCCACCUCUUCCACUCUACACAGCACCACCAUCUCCAGCCAAAAUUGUGCCACCUCCCCCAAUCAACCUCACACCACCUCCUCCACCUAACACUGUGCCACCUCCUCCACCCACCCCUGCACCACCUCCUCCAACCACCCCUGCACCCACUCCUGCACCACCUCCUCCACCCGCCACCGCCCCACCUCCUCCUCCACUCCCUCUUCCUCCCCCGCCAUCAACAACCCCACCCCCAGUCCCCGCGCCCACUUCCCCACCUCCGACAUCCACGCCAAACCAGACAAAGCGGCAAGCCCCGCCUCUCCCCUCCACUCCAACUCCUUCUCCUCCACCUCCUCCACCACUGCCUCCCCCUCCUCCCCCUCUGUCCCCUUCCCUCCGGCGCCCCUCCACCUUCGUCCUGCCGUCCCUCGCCGAAGCGCCAACCUUGCGUCCUGUGUCCCUCCGCCAGAUCCCUCCGCCCCCGCUCCCCACGGAACCAGAAGCCCCGCGCAAAGAACUCAAAGGAAUCUUGAAGAACAUCCAAAACAUCGCAGAGAUCGAGAAGUCCGUGGCCAACAUGCUCAGCCAAAUCGACCAAAAGCAGAUCCCGCUAAAGAAAGUGAUCAGAAACAGGGCGUCCAUAGAUUCGCUCGACUCCCUGGACUCUGUAGAUGUGUUGAACCUUUCGAAAGGUGGCGAAGGAGAAGAUUCUGCAAAUGGGGUUGUCGGGAACCAGGACGGAAACUCAGAAGGUGCGAUAGAGGAUCAAAUGACUCCAAAAAUUGAACCUAACCCAAAUAUGAACUCAAUUGUGGAGGAGCUGGAGAAGCGCUUCCCCUCACAGUCUACCAUGCUCUAG